AUGGCCGAAGCAACAAAAGAAACUCAGCCUCGCGCACUUCCAACCCUUUCUUCCCUUCCUAGUGUUUCUUGCCUUUCUUCCGCAUCGCGAUGUCAUGCUUCCACCAUGAUAGAUAAUAAUCGCGAGCCAUCCUCAUCUCCUCGAACCCUCCCCUCGACGACGUCGGCCGACUCGUCAUUCCAGACCGUCUCCUCCACAGGUGAAGUCGUUGAAACUCUCCCCAAGUUGGAGCCCCAGGCCAAGCCAAUCGAACUCGAGGUCAAGUUACAGCACCCAGCUGUCAAGCUCACCAAGGCUCGCUUCUUCGCCGAUGAUCCUUACGUCGAUCGACUUCCUCAAAGCAUUGUUGGGUUUUACCUGAAAAAGAACACCAUCUCCGCUGAUGCCCUGGUAACUGUUCCCCUCAGUAUCGCGGACUUCAAGCGCUACGAAGACGACAUUGCAGAAUCCGUCCAUAAGCGGUUUGACUACGACCCGGGAACCCAGGAGAUCACCUUCCGUAUGCCUACUCCGACACAUGAAAAGUUCGCUGAAUUGGUUGCGGAUGCCAUAAAGAAGAAGCUGAGCAAGCUGGAUCAAGGGCAUUCCAACUUCAUAGCCGGUAUUAGGACUGUCGGUAAUGCUCGUGUUGAGCUGGAGCCUCUCAACCCAAAUGCAGGAAGCGAUACCGAAAGCAAGGGGCAGGAAAAAGGGCCAGAUGUCCAGUUUCAGCACAAACUGACAGACACCCCUACUGUGAUCCUUGAGGUGGCGUAUACGCAAAAAGCAGAGGAUCUACCCCAGCUUGCGCUUGAGUAUAUCAAAGGCUCGGGAGGAGAUAUCAAGGUUGUCGUUGGCCUGAGUAUCAAGUCGAACAAGCAAUCAACUAUUUCUAUCUGGAGAACCCGCUUCGAAGCCAACGAGGAUGUGUAUAUCGACCUUGUCGUCGACUCAGACCCCUUCCGCACUGCUGACAAAACCCCAGUCAACGAAACCAAGAGCCUGAAGCUAUAUCUCGACGACUUCACAUUUGACGAAUUUAGCCAAGCUUCGUACAAGGAUGUUGAAAUCUCGAUCUCGUAUGGAACCCUCUGUCAUUGCCUAGAUGAGGCAGAAGAAUGGCAGGAACGCCGCGAAGCUACCGAGGUCAAGGAGAAUCGAAAGGCACGCCGCCGGGUGCGUCGUGUGAUAACUCAUCUUCCGCCUCCCAGCACUUCUGAGCCAUCUGAGCCAUCUGAGCCCUCCCAGCCUUCUGCGUCUGAUGAGAGUGAGGGGGCUGAUGGACUCUACCGUUCCGAUGAUGCCAAUCAGUCAGUGCAGACUAGCCCCGACGAACACGAUGGCCCGACAAUGGAGACACGAGCUACCAAGAAGCAGCGCAGGCUCUGA